CUCGUAAACAAACUCUGUUUAUAUGCUCAAUGCAAUCAUUUUCUGAAAGGCGGGAGGUUUUGUCCUGACUUCAUUUUCAACUUUCAAAUAGUAUGUGUAGUGGCUUCAGUGUCCAAGUCUUAGAUAUAUUCUCAAAUGCUGCGUCUUGCUUAGCCAACUCACUGUAGAGCUCUCUUGACUCUCACGGUUUCUCAUCCCUUUCUUCUCAUCUUGAGUCAGCUGAAGCACACUCACAGUCAGAGACGAAAGAGGGCUUGUGAUUUCACACAUCUCACAACAUUGAGGUUUGAAGUGAUUAAUUCAUCAGUACAGGAGUCAUCAUAUCUGCAGCAAUGGUUCUAGGCUUGAAAGGAAAGAACAGGAGAAGUACCACUGUUCAAAUUGAUUACCUUGUUCAUAUACAGGAGAUCAAACCUUGGCCCCCUACUCAAUCCCUCAGAUCUCUUCGUUCUGUAUUAAUUCAAUGGGGGAAUGGUGGACGCAGUUCAGGUUCUACCAAUGUUGUUGUCCCCUCUCUUGGUUCUGUUAUCGGUGAAGGAAAAAUUGAAUUUAAUGAGUCAUUUAAUCUUCCUGUUACUCUGUUGAGGGAUAUGUCUGUCAGAGGCGGUAAUGCUGAUGUAUUCCAAAAGAAUUGUUUGGAGUUCAACUUGUAUGAGCCUCGAAGAGAUAAGGCUGUUAAAGGUCAGUUGUUGGGAACUGCGCUCAUAGAUUUGGCAGAUUAUGGUAUGCUCAAAGAGACGUUGAGCAUUAGUGCUCCAUUGAACUGCAAGAGAAACUUCAGAAACACAGAUCAACCACUUUUGUUCAUUAAAAUUCAGCCUAUUGAAAAAGAUCACAAUAGCUCGUCCUUAAAGGAUAGGUUUUCAAAAGCUGUGUCGAAGGGAAAAAGUGUUGGUGACUCUGUCUUGGAAUUGAUGAAUGAAGAAUACACUGAGGAGGCUGAGAUUGCCUCUUUUACUGAUGAUGAUAUUUCCUCACAUUCAUCUGUGGCUGCAGUUACUCCUGCCCUUGAGUCCAAUGGAAACAUAACUCCUGAACUUCAAGAGAAUGGAUCUACUCAAAACACAGGUAGGAAUGAUAAGAAGCAUCCACUGGCUUUGGAAACAAGGAUUGGAAAAUUGAAUACAAUACCACAAGAUACAUAUAAGAAGCUGGAGAGGAGUUCACCAUACACAUCGUCAGUGGAUGAACUAUCAUCUCAUCUUGAGAGUCCACUAAAUGGUCAAGCUUCUAUUAGUUCUCAUCAUAGGUCAGUGACAUCCCAAAAGCAUGUUGUCUCGUCAAUCAGUCAUCGUUCUUUCCCAUCUUUGGCACUUGAUAAUUUUGACGAAAAUCCUAAGACCAGGACUGACAGCAGCUACUACGAGCAUUUGAAUCAGGAGUUUCAAAUAAAUGCUGAUACAAGUGGAACUAUAACUACAGAUUCUCAAUUAAACCGCAAUGAAUACACUUCUCAUGGCUAUCCUAGCAACGCAGCAUCUCCAGAUAGUAAUCACUAUGAGGGAAAGAAUCCUGGCACUGCAAGCAAGGAUGAUUCUGAAAUCAACGACAAACUUUAUAAGGGAUGUAAGGAAGCUGAAAAUUAUCAUGUGGAAGGCAUAAGUGAUAAAUCUUACCGUACUUCUGUUGAGGAUAAACAUGAAAAUGAAAUUUCUGAUUUGUAUAAGCAAUGCCACGUGACGUCAGAUGAACAAUCUGUAACUGAAGGUGUCAAAGAUCAAAUCUCAUUGAGUGCAACUGCAUAUAAUGGGACAAAUAUUGGUUCAAAAGGCCAUAGUCUGAAAAGUGAAAGAUUAAAUCAUGUAAAGUCUGUAAGGUCACCGACAGACUCAACACUGAGUACAGGAUCACCUGGCAGCAAUCAUCAUGCUGAAGUGAAGGGUGCUGGCAUGGUUGGAGACGCACAAAAUAAUGGAGGGAAUAUCAGAGUCAGUGACAAAAAAGAUUCCAAGGUUUAUCCAAAAGAAGCAAGGGGUUCAGUUUCAGACAGUAAAAUCAAUCUUUUGGAAAGCAAGAUAAAGAUGCUUGAAGGAGAGUUAAGAGAAGCUGCGGCAAUAGAGGUUGCUCUAUAUUCUAUAGUUGCUGAGCACGGAAGCUCCAUGAGUAAGAUAUAUGCCCCAGCUCGGCGCCUUUCUAGGCUGUAUUUUCAUGCUUGUAAAGAAAAUAUUCAAGCAAGAAGGGCUGGGGCUGCUAAAAGUGCCGUUCAUGGACUAGUACUCGUUGCAAAGGCGUGUGGAAAUGAUGUCCCAAGGUUGACAUUUUGGUUGUCUAAUUCUAUUGUGUUGCGAACAAUUAUAUGCCAAACCAUAAAAAAAGUGGUACCCUCUGCUACUGCUGGACCUAGUGUCAAAAGGAAAACUGGGAAAGAGGGGAAUGACAAGAUAACUCUCUCGUUGCGAUGGAAGGGAUCCUCUCCCAGAAAAAAUGAAAAUACCACUGUUGAGCAAGGAGGUUUUGGUAACUGGGAUGACCCCCUUGUAUACAUAUCAGCACUGGAAAAGGUAGAAGCUUGGAUCUUCUCUCGCAUUGUGGAAUCUAUCUGGUGGCUGACUAUGACUCCACAUAUGCAACAUCGUGGUGAUGCAAAGUUCACCAAAAACGGUGCAGGCUCUUCCUCAUGGAAAACCUUUGGAAAGUUGUCUAGCUCGCGUGAUCACGAACAGGGGAAGUUUUCACAAGAUAUUUGGAAGAAUGCUUUUAGGGAAGCCUAUGAAAAGCUGUGUCCCAUUCGAGCUGGAGGGCAUGAGUGUGGCUGUUUGCCAGUGCUAUCUAGACUGAUAAUGGAGCAGUGUGUGGCAAGAUUAGAUGUGGCUAUGUUCAAUGCAAUUCUUCGUGAAUCUGCUGAUGAGAUCCCAACUGAUCCAUUAUCUGAUCCAAUUAGUGAUCCCAAGGUUCUUCCAGUACCCCUUGGAAAAUCAAGCUUUGGAGCCGGUGUGCAGCUAAAAACUGCGAUCGGGAACUGGUCUAGAUGGCUUACUGACCUAUUUGGUAUUGAUGAGGACGACUCACUUCAAGACAACGAUGACCUUAAUGAUGGGGAACAAAAUGCACCUUUCAAGUCCUUCCAUCUUCUUAAUGCACUGAGCGAACUCUUGAUGCUUCCUAAGGAUAUGCUACUGGGUACAUCUGCCAGGAGCGAGGUAUGCCCGAUGUUUAGCGCACCAGUAAUCAAGAGGAUUUUGAACAAUUUUGCACCAGAUGAGUUUUGCCCUGAUCCAAUUCCAACUGCCGUUUUUGAAGCUCUGGAUUCAGAGGAGGACCUCGAGGACGGUGGGGAGUCUGUCAAAAACUUCCCAUGCAUUGCGACUCCCAUAGUCUAUAUGCCUCCCCCUGCAUCUUCCACAGCAAGCAUAAUUGGAGAGGUUGGAAGCGAAACUAAGCUGAGAAGAAGCAGAUCUUCGGUUCUCAGAAAGGCAUACGCCAGUGAUGAUGAGCUCGAUGAAUUAAACUCUCCACUGUCUUUGAUAUCUAACGAUGGUUUCAUGUCUAAGCCACAUUCUACAAAAUCCAACUGGAAGUCGAAAGAAAUUCAAAAUUCAUCUGCUGUCAGGUAUAAACUCCUCACGGAUGUAUGGGCCAACAGCGAAUAAUCUCGCGGAGUCUGCACAGCGAUGAUACUCUCUGGCUGCUCCCUUUCUGGGAGGGACAUCACUUGUACAAAAGAAACGGCGAUAUCCCCUUUGCCACAUCAGAUAUAAAUUCGUAACAUAAUGUAUAUUAAUAUUAUUUAGACAAUCACGACGUAUAGCUUAGUACAUAAUAUAGGGUCCUAGAGGCCAGAACAGAUAUCUGAUAGAUUGAGGUGUUUUUAUCCAACACACGCUUGUUUCUAAUUUUGUUUAAUAACAGUUUGUCCCGUAAUGGAAAUGCAGAAAGUCUUCAGUAGAAUCGAA